AAUGAGAUUAAAAGCUACUUUUUACCAAAAAAAAUUUGCAAAAAUGCGCUAAAAAGGUAAAAACUGACUAUUUUACGUAUUUAUACGUAGAAUCGGUAGAAUCCAGUAGAAAGCUACUGUUGAAACAAAAUCACAAAUAUAGGAAAUUGUUUGGGAAAUUGUACCUAUACACCUAAAACUUUAGUUGUUAAUUUUAAUGUAGAUACAUAUUCUAUUUGUUAAUAACAAUAAAGUAUCAGUAUACAUAUAUAGGUAUAAGCAGAGAUUGAGUUUAGUUACAUACUAUUCAUUCUGAAAAUAUGUAGGUAGUAUGAAAGAGAAGAUGAAAUAGAAGAAAAUCAAUACUCUUGAAAACGUAAGAAUGAAAAAGCUUUUCAAAUGAUGCACAAAUAUUACUGUAAGGGCAUCAAUAGUAUUUGCGAUACAUUAAUAACUUUAAUUAACUUAAAAAAUAAAGAGAAUGAAAUAUUAAUUAACGCAUUUAGACAAAAUGAAUUUCUAAUAUGCCCAAAAAAAUUAAAUUCAGCGUAAUACAUGCCACAGGUGAAGAUCCUAAAUUUAAGUCAAGCGAGUUAAACAAUCAUAGUCCGGUAGUAAAAGGAUGGCAGUCAGCAAAGAAUUGCGAUUUUCCUCAAGAAAUUAUGCUACAAUUAGAAAAACAGUGUUUGUUGACAAAAGUUCAAGUCUUAGCGCAUCAAUAUUUAAUUCCUUCCAAAAUAGAAUUAUUUGCAAGCAACCAAGACACAAAUACUAUAGAAGAUGUUGUAAAUAUAAACUGGGAUUAUAUAGGAUAUAUUACAUUAUCUGACAACCAAAGUUCCAUGUUUAAGAGUAGAGAAUUGAAAUCUGUCAGUGUACCACCUUGUGUUGCUACAUUUUUAAAAUUAAAGUUAGGUAAAAACCACACGAAUGCAUAUAAUGUGAAUAACCAGGUAAGUGUAAUAGCUGUAAAUGUGUUGGGUAAUGAACUUGAAGCAAGGAAACGGUCCAUUGAAAAUGAAAGCAUCGCAGAUAAAUUAAAUGCCUUAAUAAGUGAUCCAGAAUAUGUAUCUCCUUAUGACGAUUUGGCCUUUGAAAUGUAUGUGGAUGUGGGUGUAGCAAAUACAAUUAGAGAAAUGGAACUGAAAAAACAUUUAGCAGUAUUAGGUGAACGGUACGAGUAUGCCAGAAAACUUAAGCAAACUAUAGAAAGGCUUCGAAUAGUUGGAGAACGCCUAGGGAAGUAUGAUUUGGAAAAAAGACACGCGAUUGAAAUGGAGGAUUACGAAAGAGCCAGACACAAAAAGAAACAAAUGGAGGAGUUUCGACAGGAAGCCUAUGCAAAUUUAUUUGUAGAACAAUUGCUGGAAGCAAACGGUGUGUGCUUACAAAACGACGAAUGUGUAGAUGAAGAUUCGUCACAUAGGAAUGUGAUGUCACCUACAAGCAAAGCAGAUAAACGAAUACCUUCCCCUAGCGUGACCUGCUUAAGCCAAGGAUCAGUUUCACCUAUACACAAUCCGAGACAUCCAAGUCCGAAAACAGGCUCGCCCUGUACUGGAAGCCCGACCAAUAUACAGACGAGGGGCUCCUUAAGACGGCGUAACAAAUCAGCGGGAGCGAUUACUAAAACAAGCUACGAACAAUAUGAAGAGAAACCGUUACCCACCUUAAGACAUUCGCAGACUAACGAAUUCCUACGUGAAUGCCAGAUGGAAUGCGAGACUAAGACAACAUCCAAAUUAACUGAAAGAGAACGAAAACAAGCGGCACUUCCCAUACUGGUGUUUGCAAAUGAUUUGGUCGAGAAAUUUUACUCUAAACACUAUUUGGAUAAAGAGGAGGGGUUGAAUCGAUUGAAAGAGGAGUUAUUAACUUACAAUGCUAAUAGGAUGCAUACUGCGAAUAAAACGGGGAGAGCCGCAAUAUUUCUCCUACAUCGAGCAUUAAGGGACAAAGUGUUUUCGGUGUACAGUCUAGCAAAUGAGGUUAUCCGAUUGUACUUUGUUCAGUUUGUACCCGGAAGGUGA